CCGCCGCUAUCCCACAGUGCCCCGCGCUCCCAUCCCCUCACGGUGCCGCUCUCGUUCCGCCGCUGUCUCACAGCGCCCAGCGGCCCCGCGCAGCCAUGGCGUACCGCGGGCAGGGCCAGAAGGUGCAGAAGGUGAUGGUGCAGCCCAUCAACCUGAUCUUCCGCUACCUGCAAAACAGAUCCAGGAUCCAGGUGUGGCUCUACGAGCAGGUGAACAUGAGGAUCGAGGGCUGCAUCAUUGGCUUUGAUGAGUACAUGAACCUGGUGCUGGAUGAUGCUGAGGAAAUUCACUCCAAAACCAAAUCCAGGAAGCAGCUGGGUCGGAUCAUGCUGAAGGGGGACAACAUCACCCUCCUGCAGAGCGUCUCCAGCUAGGAGCAGGCAGCUCCAGCUGGGAAUGGCACUGGGAACUCUGCAAAAACGGGAUGAGCCACGGGGGGAACCCCUCAGCUCUGCUGGGAAUCGUGUUUUGUAGUUUGGGAUUUUCUCUGGGGAAUAAAACGGGUUUUUUUAACAAAA